CUAAAUCUGAGCAGUGACCAGCUCAAAUCAGAGCUGGCCUCAGGUUGCCUGGGGGACCCCUAGGGCUUCAGAGGGGUGCAACUGGGUCUCAGGACUUAGGCGAUGCAGUCUAGCCAGGCCUCUCAGGCUCUUCCCUCCUAAUGACACCUGUUGCAAGAGGGUAACAUCAAGCCUCCCACAGUCUAUCUCCAGGGAGCCACCACCACCUCCCCCAGCACAAUGGGCCAGACCAGGCUGCAUCUAGGAACAUGGAUAUCUGGACCCAGGUCUCAGAGAACUGGUAUGCAUUGACAUGGAGACCAGCUAUUUGCCCAGGAGUCAGGAUCUUCACUGAAGGCCUACUAUGCACCAGAUGGUGUUAUAAGUCCUGGGGGUAAAGCAGAAUAAGGCAAGCAAACACCUCUGCCUUCGUGGAGCAGACAUAAAGCAACCAAAAAUAUAAUGCAAUAACAUCGAACUUAGAAGUUCUAUUAAAAAUAAACAACAACAGGCUCUCUGCUCCUCCCCGUUCAACAGACAGCCACGUAUUCUGGUGCAGUGCCAGCCGCGUCCCUGAGACACGAUGGUGAAGGUCAGAGUGAACGGAUUUGGCCGUAUUGGGCGCCUGGUCACCAGGGCUGCUUUUAACUCUGGCAAAGUGGAUAUUGUCGCCACCAAUGACCCCUUCAUUGACCUUAACUACAUGGUCUACAUGUUCCAGUAUGAUUCCACCCAUGGCAAAUUCCACGGUACGGUCAAGGCUGAGAACAGGAAGCUUGUCAUCAAUGGAAAGUCCAUCUCCAUCUUCCAGGAGCGAGAUCCCACCAACAUCAAAUGGGGUGAUGCUGGUGCUGAGUAUGUUGUGGAGUCCACUGGGGUCUUCACCACCAUGGAGAAGGCUGGGGCUCACUUGAAGGGCGGGUCCAAGAGGGUCAUCAUCUCUGCUCCCUCUGCCAAUGCCCCCAUGUUCGUGAUGGGUGUGAACCAUGAGAAGUAUGACAACUCCCUCAAGAUUGUCAGCAAUGCCUCCUGCACCACCAACUGCUUGGCUCCUCUGGCCAAGGUCAUCCAUGACAACUUCGGCAUCAUGGAGGAACUCAUGACCACCGUCCAUGCCAUCACUGCCACCCAGAAGACCGUGGACGGUCCCUCUGGGAAGCUAUGGCGCGACGGCCGAGGGGCUGCCCAGAACAUCAUCCCUGCUUCCACUGGCGCUGCCAAGGCUGUGGGCAAGGUCAUCCCUGAGCUGAACGGGAAGCUCACUGGCAUGGCCUUCCGUGUCCCCACCCCCAACGUGUCCGUCGUGGAUCUGACCUGCCGCCUGGAGAAAGCUGCCAAAUACUACGACAUCAAGAAGGUGGUGAAGCAGGCGUCAGAGGGCCCCCUCAAGGGCAUCCUGGGGUACACUGAGGACCAGGUUGUCUCCUGCAACUUCAACAGUGACACCCACUCCUCCACCUUCGAUGCCGGGGCUGGCAUUGCUCUCAACGACCACUUUGUCAAGCUCAUUUCCUGGUAUGACAAUGAAUUUGGCUACAGCAACCGGGUGGUGGACCUUAUGGUCCACAUGGCCUCCAAGGAGUAAGAGCCCCCUGGACCACCAGCCCCAGCGAGAGCAAGAGGAAGAGAGAGGCCCUCAGCUGCUGGGGAGUCCCUGCCCCAACUUAUCCCACAAAACACUGAGAAUCUCCCGACCUCCACCGUUUCCAUCCCAGACCCCCUGAAGAAGGGGAGGGGCUUGGGGAGCCCUACCUUGUCAUGUACGCUAUACUGUACCCAGCCAAAAAAUAAAUAAAUAAUAAACAACAACAGAAUGAUACAAUAAAGAAUAUCUGAUCUGGGCGCCUGCAUGGCUCAGUCGUUAAGCGUCUGCCUUCGGCUCAGGUC